AUGUUAGCGUGGUGGCUGGCGUGGGCGUGCCUAGUGGGUGUGACGCGGGCGUUCUGUCCAACUGUGUGUAACUGUGACGACAGCGUGCCCAGCGCCCGCUGUGUGGGCGUGAGCUUCAAUGUGGUGCCCAUCCUCUUCAACCCCGGCCUGCGACGUCUCAACCUCGCCCACAAUACAAUCGACUCGGUGGGUGGGGCUCUCGUCUUCUUCGACCGCCUGGAGGAACUGGACCUCUCUCACAACAUGUUAACAUCGCUGGACACUGGCAACCUAGAGGCGCAGGCGCAGCUGCAGGAGCUGCGCCUGGCUCACAACAACCUCACAACCAUGUUGCCGGGGGCCUUCAAGGGCCUCGUGUCACUCAACCUGUUAGACUUGAGCCAUAACGGGAUGACCGACUUGCCCGCGAAGGUUCUGGACGACGUGCCUUCCCUGACCGUGCUGCUGCUGGCGCACAACAAACUCCACUUCCUGGCCGAGUACACCUUCCGGGGUCUCAGAGGUCUUCACGUUCUCGACCUCUGCGACAACUACUUCCGGCAUGUGCCGUCGUCGGCGCUGGACGACCUGAAGAGCCUCAAGUCCCUUCAUUUAUGCCGCAACCGCCUUACGCGCCUCGACUCCGAGGCCUUCACUACCAAGACGCUUACUUCUCUCUCACUAGAAACUAACAACAUCGAUAACGUCUCAGAUUCCGCCUUCCAGCGCCUCCACAGACUGCAGAAGCUCAACCUCAAUGACAACCUCUUGAGGGAGGUGCCAGUGAACAUUCUCUCCACCCUGCGCGUGCUCGACUCUCUUAUUCUCAGCAAAAACAAUUUCACCACGGUGGAGGCUGAUGCCUUUCACAGCCAAAGCCGCUUGGCUUCCCUCGAAAUUUCGCGGUGUCCGCGCUUAGCCUCGCUUCAUCCGGAGGCUCUGAGCCACUGUAACAAUCUCCAGCGAUUGACCAUUUCUCAUAAUCCAUUGAUACGACACUUGCCGGAGACGCUGCUGACCUCCCUCACCCGCCUCCACACUCUAGAUCUCCGCGCCAACAGCCUCCAGAGCGUCCCGGAGACCAGCAUGCCCUGGGGGUCUCUGGUGCGACUCGACCUCCGUGAUAAUGUGCUGGUGUGUAACUGCUCCAUACGGUGGUUGGCUGCACUUCUCAGCGCCUCCAACACCUCCCUCGCUGCCCCGGACAUCCAGUGUGCCUCGCCGGACAAGCUCAAGGGCCUCUACCUCUCCAGGCUGAGCCCGAGCGAGCUGUUGUGUGUGGACCAGGUGCAGGUCGUGGUUGGCAUCGUUGUGGUGACUGUGUCUACGGUCCUGCUGAUGGCUCUCUCUGUCCUCCUCUGCAGGUACAGACGGAGACAUCAGAGAGACAAGCUAGGACGUGGUUGGCCACCAGGGCCACUAGCUCCCUGGCCCCCCGAUGACCACUCGGCCCCUACUCGACACAUCAUGGCCGACGAGUACGUCUACCACACCUAUUCCUCCGUCAGGAAAAUCCCCGUCACUAAAGUAUGAGGGUGACGUUGGUGUGCCGGGGGGUGGUGGUGAAGGUCUUGGUGAACCUGGUGUGCCUGGAGGGCGGCUCCUUCCACUCGUCAAGUCGUUCCUGAAGAACUUGGUGAUGUGUGUUUACGUUUUCUUCGGGGAGAACGUUUUUCGAUACUUGAGUGUGAAGACAGGAACAGUUAAAGCUCAAGUAGUUGCCAAGUGUCAGGUCAGGACAUUCUGACUUGAGAUCGGAGGUCUCGUUUGCAACUCAAGUCUUUUUUCGAACAGGCAAGCCAGCUUCACCGUGAUCUGCAAGAUGCCCCCAAGACACCGAGCAUAAUUGUGACCCCGAAGAGCUUCAGACUGCACACUAAUUCAUUGACUCACGAUGAUGACAUCCGGUGAUAUCAACAAGGAUCCAGAACACUCUAUAAGGAAUUGUUAUCUAAGAUGUAAUAUGAUACUUGACGCAACUUCGCUUACUGUGAGUUUUUGACGCAUUGGUGUAGUGUGGUCGUCCCAGUGUGUGUCCUGAGGGGUGUUUGUUGCUAGCUCGUGUGGUCCAUGUCAGACUACCCCAUCAGGGUCGUGUGUUAACUACCCCAUGAGGGGUCGUGUGUUAACUACCCCAUGAGGGGUCGUGUAUUAACUACCCCAUGAGGGGUCGUGUGUGUUACUUGCGUCAGCCAUCAAAUGCUUCCAGGUUCCGUAACACAAUACAGGAACUACGAGUGUAAAGCAAGAAUCAAAACUUAAGGAAAAUUUGGAGAUGAAGGCAAUGUGGAGAGUUAGAGGGCUAUUUUGUAGAUUGUUGAACAUAAAAUAUGUAAGGAUUUUUACUAUUUAUAUAUAUAUAUAUAUAUAUAUAUAUAUAUAUUCUCUGUUCCCCUUGAGACUCCUUCGACAGUCACCAACCCUAGAGCACGAUUGACUUAACAUUGAAAUAGGUAAACAUGUCAUUCUUGGAGAACAUUUCUCUUAUCACUACUAUCUAGCACCAACAACCUUAUUUAAGCUCAAUGAGAUGUCUUGGACUUUAUUAUCUCAGCAGCGCUACCACAGACCCCGGGCACAGUCUUGGCCUUCUUCAAGACGUCUUCGGGUGAGAGAGGUGCUCUUCGUAUACCUUAAACCCUUAAGCUGCUCAAUUAAAACAAUUAAGAAACA